AAUUUCAUGAGCUGUUAUGAUACAAAUAGGCUACACUAAAAACACUUAUUUCCAAUCUUUGCAGUGACUUGAAUAAAUCCGCGUGUGGGCAGCACUGCCGUUUGCAGAUGUAAAUGUUAGUCGGUGGGUGGCGCUAUCUCAUGAUCGAGCUCACUAUAUGGUAACCACAGCAGUGUUUGUGAUCUCAAUUCCUUAGAGCAAUGACAAGUGGGUGGUACUGUAACGGAGAACAAAAAAAGAUGCAGACAUAAUGCAACAACAACCCAAGGAUGAAUAUGAAAAGCUUUUCAUUGUAUCCUAUAUACCUUGCUUGCAAUGAUUUCCUAAGGAAGUUAAAAGUUAAUAAUGGGCAUUAAAAACAACGGCAAUUUACAGAACGGCUCGCGAGGAAUUAUUUAAUUCAAGGACUUUUUGAAUUUCCGUAAACAGAAAUCAAAUAUUCACCUUUAGCAUACUCACCGGAUCACCAAGUUCUCCAAGAACAUAAAGCACGGCACGCGAAAUCUUUUCCAAGUGAAGUCAGCUUUUUUGCGUAAAAAAUAGUUUUUGUUCUUGUUUUUUUUUAAUGAAUGGAAACUUCUUGUGGAUGACGCGUUGAGAUAUUUUAAUUGAACUUGUUCAUUCAGAAUAUGAAGAAUCAAACAGGAUACUGUGAAACAACAGGCAGUGAGCGGUUCAUGAUGACGAACGUUCAAAUGGGUCCCGUGUUCAAGGGUCACGCAGCGCAGAAGGAGCGUCUCCCGCCCGAGGGCGAUUCCCAUGCAGCACCUUGGACAGGGUUCGCGGGCUCCCUUCCGACACCCCUCACUAACUCUCUUCUACGGUCAAAAUGGUCCAAGGAAUCGUUAAAUGAUUACCCCCCUGAAUACAACUCCAUCAAGUCCACUGGGACGAAAAGAGAGACGUCAUUCGACACAGGACAUUUGUGCAAAAAGUGCAUCUCUCAUUUCAAUGUCUUCAAAAGGGAAGCGUUAAAACAAAUAAUUGACGGAAAUCUUUCUACCAAAGAUCCCAAAGUUUUCAUUCAUCUUUAUGAGAGCAUGAAACCACCUGCUAGUACUGUAGAUGCCUGGGGCAAUGUGGACGGAUACUGUGGUGUCUGCUACACUCACUUUAGCCAGCUGAAGCAGGAGGCUAUCCGCACGAUCCUCACCCAGGACCGGGCCAUAUGGGCUCCACCUACCACUGCCAACUUCCCAUCCACAAGCCUGAACUUAGGCUCACAAACGCUCCCCAGAACCUCAAGCCACCGAUCUGUUGUCUCAGACCCCCAUCAGAGGCCCAGCAAUGCAGCACCGGAUUGCUGGAUAAAAGGACAUCAACAUUUGGAGGCUCUGUGGCCCCUGUCUUCAUGCAAAGGAAACAAUUUGAUGUCUCAAAAGUCCUCCCAGAGUCCUUUGCAUGCAGGGAAGGUGAAUGAGAAGGAAAAUGUGACGUCUAGAGCACUAUGCAACUACGGCGCCACACAGCCAACGCGUUCUUCCAGUAUGUCCUCUCUGCUACCUGCAGGAACAAAUGCUGCCUUGUCUUUCUUUGUCAGGGCAGCACAAAAGUUGAAUGUAAUGGUUAGAAGAGCAAGGCACUUCUCAGAGAGCAGUGCUUCCCAACGCAUGACAAACUUCAGUAGUCUUCUGCAGAAAUCUCCUCCUCCAACACCAGCAAGCAUUUUUCAAGCUGCAAGUAAGAGUAAAGAAAACCCUGGGAUGGGGAAGGUCAAAGUGAUGCUGCGAGUGUGUUCAGUUCCUAUGUCUGACCCGUCUCAGUCCUACUCUUUCAAACUGGACUUGCACAAGAAACAGAUCACAGUGCUGAAUCAGAGGCUGACUGCUGGAACUACAGUGUCCUCAAAGACUUUCACCUUUGAUGCUGCCUUUGGCCCUGAUUCAACCCAGGCAGACGUUUGUGAGAACAGCUUGUGUGAAGUGCUCCAGUCUGUGCUUGCAGGAGCUGAUGGUUGCAUCCUAAGCUUUGGACAAACCAAUGUGGGAAUGUCUUACACAAUGAUUGGCCAUGAUAGUUCCACUCAAAGCCUUGGAGUCAUUCCCUGUGCUAUAUCGUGGCUUUUCAAGCUCAUUAACAGGAAGAAAGACAAGACAUGGGCAAACAUCUCAGUUUCCGUGUCAGCUGUAGAGGUCUGUGGGGAAAACAAUGCCAUCAGAGAUUUACUCUCUGAUGUUGACACGGGCAACUGCAAGAUGAACUAUAAACCAGAUGCUUACUUCAGAGAGGACUCCGUCUAUGAAUUCCAGCUUUCCAACCACAGUGUACUAAAUGCUCCAACUCCAGAAAGAGCAGCUUUCCUACUAGAUGCAGCUCUUGCAUCUCGCAGUGGGAUGGUGGACAGUGGAGGGAGACCACCACAUUGUUGUCACAUGUUCUUCACCCUCUAUGUUCGCCAACAGGACAUAGGAAGCAGCACCAAAUACGGGAUGAAUGUGGAUCAAAGCAAGCUGAGCCUGAUUGAUUUAGGGAGCUGUGUGGGGGAAAGGGAAGAAAGCAACUGUGGAGUCUGCCUCGCUGAGCUUGGAAACUUUAUCACAGCCAAUCUUAACAGGCAUAAUAACGCCCCUAAUAGGGGAAGUAGAUUAGCAAUGCUUUUGCAAGACUCUCUGAACAAUGUCAACUGCUCCACCACAAUUAUUGCCCAUAUAUCCACCUUGUCUGAAGACCUUACAGAAAGCCUUUGUACGAUGCAGACUGUGACUCGGAUGCGAAGUCAGAAAAAGAAGAUAAGGAAAUCUUCCUCAAGCUCGCCUGGAGGAAGAAGCUUAGGCAACGAGAGGAAAUUUAAUAAUUCCACUAAGCUAAGAUUCCAAUCUACAGGGACACUGGAUCAAGAUCUCUCCUCUCCUGGUUUCUCGAGUGAUCCAGCAUUUUACCCUGGGAGUGAUAAGUCUUGUGAUACCAUUAGCUCUGUGGAUCCUUCUGGCCUUGUAGAUAAAGAAGUUACAAAUAGAAGCAGAGAGAUUUUGCCUAUUAUUCCAUCUUUACUCAAGAGCAAAUUGGAGUCCAAGAAGCUCUCGCUGAUGAAGUUUUGUGAAAUCUCUCCACCAGUUGCCAAUCGCAUAAAGCAGAUAUCAAAAGAAAAGGCUAAAGAAGAGUCAACACCUACAAUAUUGCAAGAUGAAUCAAAUUUUGAGUGUCUGAAGUGCAACACAUUUGCAGAACUCCAGAAUCGACUGGGAAACAUAGAUGGAACAGAGUUGGAUCAAUGCAAAGAUCAAGAAGUGAACACUAUGAGCAAAUCACCUCACUUAAGCCAAACCGAGAAGCAGUCCAAUUCAUUGGACAUUCAAGCAUCAAACAACAGAGAUUCCAAUAGCACCAGACAAGGAAACUCCUCAAAAACAUUUGUGAUAAUUCACAACAGUGAAGAAAUUCCAAGUACCGCCAAUUGUCCGCCACAGUUAGAUGUCGUCAAACCGAUCGAUCCCAUGCUGUCUAGCCAAUCUCCAGGCAAAUCUAAGCUUUAUAAUAAAAUAAUGAAUGUGAUGCCCACUGCACUAUCUUUGAAAUUGGAAGACCAAAGUAAAAUGAGAUUAUUGGAUGAUUCCACAGUGCAAUCUGAGACACGAAUUUCUCCCAUCGGCAAGAGUUGGCAGAGAUCUACCUCAUCCUCUUCUUUUUCAUCAUCGCUGUCUUCUAGUUUGAGCUCCCCACCGGCUGUUUCUGCCUUUUUGAAUGGAGACAUUACACAUUGUACAGGAAAAAAACAGAGAGAGAUGCGGGCCACCAUCACUGUGACUGUUCAGAAGCCCCUGGAUCUUAAUGGAGAUGAUGAGCUUGUGUAUACCGUGGUUGAGGAGGUAACAAUAAAUGGGGCCACUGAGCAAGGAAAGGCACAAAUAUUAAGUAUUCAUGAGUCACACUCUCUCCAGGCUCUAACGCCAGGAAAUCAGUCUGUCAGGAUUAUCGGCAGCAUAGGUGAAGAACAAACAGCAAAUUAUUAUAGUUCCAACUCUAAUGCACAGACUUCAGAGAAUGAAGUCUCCACGGCCUCAUCAGAUGCAGCUGUAAAACACACAAAAAUCAAUGCACAUAUUGACAAGGUAAGUGACUUCACUGAUUUGAAAAACCUGCCGCAGCAUGAUACUUGGUCUGAGGUGCCCCUGACUGAAGAUGUGAAGGAGAUACCUAAAGGAGCCAUUGUUAAACUUGACCCUCCCUGUGAGGUCUCCAAGUCUAGAAAAUAUGCUUGUGAAAUUAAACCUGAGCAGAGCUGGAUGUGCCUAAACAGCAAGAAAGACGUCAAGGAUGUCCCUCACAUGAAAACAGAACAAAAGAACCAACAUAAUCCAAGAGAAACUUACGAAAAGAAACAGUAUACCAAGACAGACAGUCUUGUGGAAUGGACCAAAGACAAUAUGCCAUCAACAUCAACAAAUGGUCCCAAUCUCAAGAGAAAAGAGACAAAAGAAGAAUCUGGAAUAGCCGGAUGUGCAAUGCUAAACCUGGCUACUGAAACUAAAACCAACACUAAAUCUCAUUUUGAGGAGAGCAGCAAGUUGUUUAAUGUAAAACUGAAAGCAUUAUCCGGCAGGAGCCAAACUUGGGAUCAUAGUAAGAGCAGGCGCUCGACAGGAAGCUUGGAAGGUAAUUCUAGCUCAAGACUUAAAAGCAAAUUCCUUGAAGAGACGGCUUUCAUCGAUAUGGCUCCGAAAGGGCUUUUAGAUGAAGAUUACAUUUCAGGUCAAGCCAGCCCUCUAGGUUUUAAAGAAGACUUUGAGGACUUUGUUAGAUGUCGAGCUAGUCAGAGUCUCGGAAGGGUUCCACAGUUCUUCCCAAUGCAUGAUGCCAAUGAUGCAACCCGGCCAUCUGAAAACGGUCACUCUAAGAGCACAUCAGUUAAUAAAUUCAUGCCCAGUUCAAAGAUCCACAAGAUACCAAUCUUGUCCCCCAAACCAACUAGACACUCAAUCAACAGGAGCUCAAGCUUUUCUCCUAACGGAGCACCUGUCAGCCAAAGCUGCUGGUCAACACUCUCCCUAUCCCGAAGUCAAGACAACAGUGGUUUGAAGUCACCCGGUGCAGUCCGGAAAGGAAGAGCUGAGCUUUUAAGAAGCAGUAGAGACUCGCUUUCUGCUUUUAGUCAAGGUGGGUCUGAUUUAGAUGAAUGUGAGGAACUGGGGACGAUGAAACCUUUCGUUCACGCAUUGCCGUCCCCAUAUAGCCGGAUCACAGCUCCACGGACACCACACCAUUGCAGCGGCCAUGCCAGCGAUACCACCAGUGUUCUCAGUGGAGAGCUGCCUCCUGCCAUGUGUAAAACGGCUUUACUCUAUAACAGGAGCAGUAUGGUCAGUAGCGGCUAUGACAGCAUGCUUAGAGACAGUGAAGCUACAAUCAGCAGCAGUUCAACGCACAACUCCAUAAGUGAUCAGAGCUGCUCGCUCGGUGCUGCUAAAGGCAUGAGAAGUACCAAGAAAAGAACCAACAUAGGGUCCAGUCUAAGACGUCCAUCCCAAGAAAACCUCCUGUCGCUGAAGAGAUCCGUCAGUGGGCCUAAAACGCACCGGGUGGAUCGGGGUGGUUCCGACUCUUAUGAAAUUAAAGUCUAUGAGAUUGAUAAUGUAGAUGGCGUACAGAAGAGAGGUGGGGCAGGGAACAAGGGUAUAGUCCUCUUUAGUGCAAAGCUGAAAUUCCUGGAGCAUCGACAGCAGAGAAUAGCAGAGGUGAGGCUCAAGUAUAAUGCUCUCAGGCGAGAGUUGGAACAUACCAAGCAUCAUCUGAUGUUGGACCCUGGAAAAUGGACCCGCAAAUUUGACUUAUGGCAAACGUUUGAGGUAGACUCCCUGGAGCACUUAGAGGCUUUGGAGCAAGUCACUCAGCGGCUAGAGCGUCAUGUUAACCUCUGUAAAGCGCAUGUCUUGAUGGUCACCAGCUUUGACGUUACACCCAAGUGCAGACAAAAGUUGCGGCAUCGGCCCACGGUAGAUCAUGCAGCGUUCGUAGGAAUAUAGCAUGUCAAGAUCUUACAUGAUCACUUUUACCUGUUAUGCAAUAUAUUAUAUGAUAUGCGUGUAAAUUUACGGAGCCACUUGGGGGACAUUGUGACGGAAAAAAUAGGAAGGGAGGAAGAAUAUUCUUGUGGUCUCUACCCCAAGAAACUUCAUUCCCACAAAAUUUUGCUAGCAAAUGCAAAGUUUCUAGGGGGAAUACAAAAGGAUUGAAAUAUAAUUUUUUCUUCCUUCUCAUUUUAUUUACCUUCAUGUCACUCGAGGGGCUCCUUACAAAUCCUCUAACCAUCUGAAAAUGCAGUGAUGCUGAUCAUGCUUUACUUGAAAUCUAAUUUGCUGUCAAUGUUUGUAUGGUUAGCUUUAGCAUUGAGAAGAUCAAAACAACAUAAUGGAUUGCAGAAUACUGUCUGAACUUGGAAGCACUGUUAAGGGCUUUUCUGACUUGAAAUUGUUAACCCAGGGUAGUUUUCUUUUUCACUGCUCAAAUUUUAAUUCUGGAUAGUCAGGGUUCAAGAUUUCACUUUGCACAUUUGUAAAUCCUUUGUAAAUGAUGUUCUUAUGCAUAUUUAACACAAGUAGGCUAUAGCAUGCAAUGAGCAUGUGAGCUAUAUAACUGCUUGUCCAUCUGUAAAAAAUGUUUAACAUUUAAUCUGUAUCUUUCUCAAGCAUUAUUUUGUUUGCAAUUUAUCUAUUGUUAAACAACAUUCUAGCACCUUAUUGUUUUACACAGUAUUGGGCUUCAUUUUGCAAAUUUAAACCUAUUCCUUUUCAAAAUGACUGGUGUGAAAUAAAAAAUAAUUAAGCCAGGGUUACAAAAAUGUCCUUUAUUUGGGGAUACAGUUUCCUCAAUAAAAGCAACUUUUACUGAGAGUCACCUUCAAGGUGAUAAAAACACUGUAAAGAAGUCAUUUUUAACACCAAGUGUAUAUUUUGUUGCUCUAAGAGCACAUCAUUUGCAAGUCAAUUUUAUUGUAAAUUUAUUGUAGAUGCCUUUGAUCCUUACUUGUUUGCGCUAAUAAAAGGUUAUUAUGCA